AGGAGGGGUCGGCGUUCCAUAAGUUUAAGACGUAGAAUAUCUAGAGCCUUUGACUUUUGUUUCACGAUAGUAGAAGGCAAUAGCAUCGGUACACUUCCAACCUCAAACAAUUCAACAUGUCUACCACCACGGAGACCGUCACUCAACCCGAGACUUCGAAAUGGGCGCCUUCGAAAGAGGAUGCGGAAGAGCUCGUCGCAGCCGCUCUCAAAGUACAUACUAAGCCCCUCUGGAUGGAGAUGGCGCGCUUGAAUCCUCCAGAGCCAAAUCCUCAGUGUAUUCCAUACAUCUGGCGGUAUGACGAAGUCAGGCCAAGCCUGCUUCGGGCGGGAGAAAUCGUCGACGAAAGCAAAGCGGAGAGACGAGUGCUAAUGCUGGUCAAUCCUGCUCGAGAUUCGCCAUAUACAACAGACACUUUAUACGCUGGACUCCAGCUGGUCAUGCCAAAUGAGACAGCUCGGGCACAUCGACAUUCUGCAUUCGCCAUGCGCUUCAUCAUCGAGGGACAGGGCGGGUUCACUGCUGUACACGGUCGGAGAAUCACCAUGCAGAGAGGCGACGUGAUCCUCACUCCAACGUGGAACUGGCACGACCACGGAAAGGAUGGCUCUGGACCCAUGAUCUGGCUCGAUGGUUUGGAUUUGCCAAACUUUAGACACUUUCCAGUUCAUUUCGUGGAGCACUUUCAACAGGCCAGAUAUCCUGCAGAUGACGUCGACUCGAACGAAUCACCCAUCGUCUUCCCCUGGAAAGCGAUGCAACAAAAACUCGAUGAAAAGAAGGGAGAUUGGUCGUCGGAAGACUAUUUGAAGAAGGACGGAAGACCAGUAUCCAAGAUCCUCGGUGGUUCUGCUGAGCGACUGAACGCAGGUUGCACAUCCUCUGCUGUUCGUGAAACUGCAUCAUCGGUCUACCAUGUUGUGACUGGCAAGGGAUACAGCGAGAUUAACGGCCAACGUAUCGAAUGGAAGCAAGGCGACACAUUCUGCGUCCCAGCAUGGAACAAGUACCAACACACUGCUGAAGAAGACCAGACAGUGUACUUGUACAGGUUCCAUGACAAGCCAAUGUUGACAUCGCUCGGGUUUUAUAGGGUCGAGGGUGUCGACGUAGAGAGCCUGGUGUCUGAUUAGUUCUUGGUCUAACGAAUUUUUUUUGUCUGUUGGAAUGUCAUCAAGAACAUCCGGUAUGAAUAUGUUGUAUAAAUGUUCUGCGCAAAAACAGAUGUCAAUUCCAAUCA